UGUAUACAAGGACGGUUUGGUGUGAACUGUGAUCACAUUUGUCAGUGUACAAAUGGUGGAAUAUGUGACAAAGAAACAGGACAGUGCACUUGCCCAGCAGGCUUCAUUGGUACCAAAUGUGAAAUAACAUGCCCGGCCAAUCGCUUUGGUGAAAAAUGCGAGAAGUUUUGUGAUUGCGAGAAUGGCGGCACUUGUGAUCGAGUGACAGGACAGUGCCGCUGCGCUGCUGGUUUUACCGGUAUUCGAUGUCAUCAGGUGUGCUCGGAGGGACGCUUCGGACCGGGAUGUCGCGAAAAAUGUCGAUGUGCUAAUCAGGCGCAUUGUGCUCACUGGGAUAUACCGGGUCGACGUGUGAUCAGCCAUGUCCGCAUGGCAAAUACGGACCCAAUUGCACUCUGGACUGUGAAUGUUAUGGCAAUGCAAAAUGCGAUCCGGUGCAGGGUUGUUGCGAUUGUCCAUCAGGUCGCUACGGUAACCGGUGUCAGCACGGUGCGUUUUAGAUACUUUCUAUGAAG